AUGGAGGAAAAUAACCUUGAGGUGAAUUUAUCCCAUCCAAGAAAAAGGUCAAAAGUCUCCAGAGCUUGCGAUGGAUGUAGGCGCAAGAAGAUCAGGUGUGAUGGAGAGUUUACUAGUUCAUUGCUGAAGGUGACUAAAGCGUGUACUAAUUGUCGGAAGAAUUUUGAAGAAUGCACAUUUUCUCGAGUUCCAUUGAAGCGUGGACCAUCCAAAGGACAUUCCAAGGACUUUGACGAUAAUGAGUCCCAUGCUAGAACCCACAGUUUGGGGGGCUCCACAUAUGAUCCUCCUUCGUUGCCGUAUCCAAAUCAUUCCAUUUCAGCACAUAAAGUGUCUCCUCCCAAUCCCUCAAGCUCAAUUGUUUUACCACCGCUUGUUCACAGCUUCCAGAGACUGCCGGUAGAGAGUAGUACUGCCAAUGGUUCUGCUACUAAACCGGUUCUUCCCCCAUUGGGAGCAGUUAAGAAGGACGACGGUUCCGAUCCGACUACUCCAAGACAGGUUUCUGCCAACGGUUCUUUACGUUCCAGCGUUGAUGUGAAUGCUCCAGUCCAAGCUAGCACGACCGCAACGUACUCAGCAAGAUCGCAGGUUAGUAGUCCUUCCAUCAAAGGUCCAUUUUGGAAAGUUCCGUACGAAAUGCCUGAAUUGCGUCGAGAAAGAAGAGAGUCCGCCGACUCGGUUUCGUCAACAAAUUCCAACUUGUCAAACGGAUCUCGCUCGCGGAUGUCUUCGCUCGUACCAAGCGUCUCUGUUGCCAGCGAAAGCGGAGUCAGCGAUAGUGACGAUGACUUUCACUCUGUGAGGUCAAAAAUGUCCCGCCAAUCUUCCCAAUCGAUAUCUCCUCGCAAUUCGGUAUCGUCGCUUUCAAGUCUUAAUGGACGAAUCAACAGCAUGACCUUCAACCAGCAACCAGCAUCUUUUUCUCCUCCUGUUCCCUAUCCUGCUCAACCUGGAGUUGUGCAAUUCCAGUUCUCUCCCCACCAACAGUUCCCUCAAAUGCCAACCUUAUACGGACCAAUGCAGCUACAUCCAAAUACUGCUAGCCACACCCCAACUCCUCAACCGCCCACAAAAGUCCCCAUCAAUAAUUUGGACGUCAAUCUUGAAAUUUAUUACCGCAAGUUCCACCACCAUUUCCCCAUACUUCCUUUCCAAAUCCAGGCACUUCGUGAGAUGCAAAACGAGUGCCGUGCCGAGGGCAUGUUGGAGCUCUUCAAUCUCUCGUUGAACAACUUGAACAAUUUCCAGUCGUUGAGCCUCGCUGACAAUAUUCGGUUGUUUCACCGACUUCUUCAAUAUUACCCAUUUUCUCUGCUCGGCAUCGAAGUCAACGAUAGCUUGGUUUCGCUAUUUAUUACAUCAUUGGUCUUGAUCGACUACGCUAUAUUAUUGAACGGUGACGUUUAUGCGUUGGGCAUUUCCAUAACCCUUGGAAUCUUGAACGAGUUCAAAGUUGCCGAAAGUUUCAGUCUGUAUGUGUCUCAAGGUUUUCCCGACAAACCCAUCAAUCCCGAUGCCAUCCAGAUCUAUUUGCCAAAACUUUACCUCUGCUUAUCGGUUAUCGACACAUUUUAUGCUUUAAGCUUCGGAGCCCAGCUGAAUGUCAAAACUACCGUGAACGAAUUUUUGUUUCAGCACUUGGCAAUACUCUUUCCACAGGAUAAUUCUGUUCCUGGAAGCGAUGGUAUUUUCAGCUUCAAAGUAGCCUCGCUACUCAACAGACUUCUCAAAAUAAGAAACGAACUCAAUUUCAAACAGAUUAACAAGAAUGAGUGUCAAAGGUUCACCGAAGACUUUUGCAUUCUUCAGAACGAAAUCCUGCAAUUGAACUCGAAUUCGGUUCAGUUUUACAGCCUUUUUGUCUACCUUUUGAAAGACAAGUACGAGUUUUACGAUUACUUGACUGAAAUGAUAGUUUUGUUCGACAAGAUGGGUUCGGUGCUCAAUGAAGAAGAGCAAGAUACUGUCCAUGAUUACAGUCUAAAGUUGGGAAGAUUACUCAAAAGGUUAUCUCAGUCAAUCAUCAACGUCUCCAACUUUAUCUCGACUGUCAAUUCUGCCUCAAGCUCUCCUGGGCAAUCUGAUUCUGGAAAAGACAUCUUGACUCCAUUCCUCAACUUGGCCUAUGCUCAGUCUUACAAGCUAAUUAAGUUGUGUAAGUUACUUACAGAUAGCCUCGUGAGCUCGUCGAAAGAUGUGGAGUUGGCACAAAGGUGUAUGAAAAUUAACAAUGAUUUGUCGAUAGCUUUUAAUUUGCUCAAUAGCAAUUUGAACCGCAAUUCCGCCUAUAACAUUGGUCAAAGUGCUCUGAAGUUGAUUCAAAGUCGAGUUGAAUCCUACAAGCUUGCGUUCAACAGACCGGUGGAAAACCAAACAUCAAACGAGUGGACUAAUGAUUUGCAAAAUGGUAUCAUUGCUUUUGUGGAGCAAGAGGAAUACGAUGGUUGGUUAUGA